UUUGCCAAACACUAUUAAACCUCGGAGGAAGAAGUUUAGGUUUACCGUGCUCUCUGUUUUGUUUGGUUGUGAUGCUGUUUUAAUACAAACUUUUAGAAAUGUUUUUUCUGUAAAUAGAAAAAUACAGUUUUUGAAUCAGGUCAGUAAAUACCUGUAAUAUUUUCAUCCUCAUAGUCGUGACUAAGUUUUGAAGCAAGCAGGAAUAUCUGGAGGAGUAUCAUCUGAGCUGAGAUCUGCUGCUGUGAAGAUGGUGUUUGUUAAACAAGAGAGUAAGGAGAGCACGAGUGAACCAGAAACCUGGACAAUAAAACACGAGGAACCAGAACCCUGGAGAAUAAAACACGAGGAACCAGAACCCUGGAGAAUAAAACAAGAGGAACCAGAACCCUGGAGAAUAAAACACGAGGAACCAGAACCCUGGAGAAUAAAACAAGAGGAACCAGAACCCUGGAGAACAAAACAAGAGGAACAAGGAGGCCUGAAGAAAGUGAAAGAAGAAAGACAAGAUCUGAAUGAAGUGGAGGAGACACAUCAGGAUCAGAAAGAUCAUGAUAUCACUGGAGAAAAAUCAGUGAGUUGCAGCAUUCAGAUAACAGAAGUCAAAAGUAUUUUCAGCUGCUCUCAUUGUGGAAAUGCUUACAAACAUAAAAGAAGCCUCAAGAAACACAUGAGAAGUCAUAGUGGAGAAAAGUCUUUCAGCUGUUGUCAGUGUGGAAACACUUUCAAACAGAAAGCAAGCCUUAAGAAUCACAUGUUAAUUCAUGCUGGAAUAAAGCCUUUUAUCUGCUCUCAGUGUGGAAAGGGUUUUACACAGAAAAGGCAACUUAAGGAACAUUUGGUAACUCACACUUCAGAAAAGCCUUUCAACUGCUCUCAGUGUGGAAAGUCUUUCACACGUAAAGGAUACCUUAAGAUUCACAUGUUAUUUCAUGCUGGAAUAAAGCCUUUCACCUGCUCUCAGUGUGGAAAGAGUUUUACACAGAAAGGAGACCUUAUGGAUCAUUUGGCAACUCACUCUUCAGAAAAGCCUUUCAGCUGCUCUCAGUGUGGAAAGUCUUUCACACAUAAAAGAUACCUUAACACUCACAUGUUAAGUCAUGCUGGAAUAAAGCGUUUUACCUGCUCUCAGUGUGGAAAGAGUUUCAUCAGUAAAGGAAUCCUGAGGAAUCACAUGCUAAUUCAUACUGGGAUAAAGCCUUUCAGCUGCUCUCAGUGUGGAAAGAGUUUUACACAGAAAGGACACCUUAAGACUCAUUUGGUAACUCACACUUCAGAAAAGCCUUACAGCUGCUCUCAAUGUGGAAAGUCUUUCACACGUAAAGGAUACCUUAAGACUCACAUGUUAAUUCAUGCUAGGUAAAAGCCUUUCAGUUUCUCAAUAUGGAUAUAUAAACAAGGAUUUAAUCAUCACAUGAUAAUUCACACUAAAAGAGAUGCCAUACCAGACAAUUCAUAUAAAUUAAAAGCCUCACGUCUGUCCUGUUUAUGGCAGGAUAUCUCUGCAGUUUUUAAAAGCAUGAAAAACUUGUGUGCUGUUUAGGGAUGGAUAUUGUUAAGCAGGGCUGGGCGAUAAUUCGAUAACGAUAAUUAUCGCGAUUUAAUUUUCCUCGAUAAGGCGAUAUGAAGAGUUUGAUAAAUGUUCCAUAUAAUGUAUAUGCACCAAAAGCGGAACGAAACAGCGUGACUCAUUUGAAUCGUGCCUCACGGACUGUUUAUUCACUCGGAUCAAAGAUCAAACUGCCGCGCGGUGUGAGCUCACUACAGCAGAUGCGUUU